AUGUCGAAGCCACACGAGUCUCGCGGUGGGUUGCGGCAGUACAAAAACGUGACGAACCAGAAAAUGUUAGAGCAGGCGAUUUUUAUAGUUUUAAUCAACCGGCAUGCUGAAGUGAUGAUUAAACGGCGCAAUGUCAAACCUUCAGUGACUCUUCCAUUUGUUUGCAUCUCACAAAUCGCCUUUUCAGUGAAUGACUCGGUACUCUUUUCGCAAAUGGUAGAGGAGAAGAUCACUUCCAUAAUGAAGGAUGAAAUAUCAAAAGGUGUGAAAGAGAGUACUGCGACUGAAAGAAUGAAGAAAAAUAGAAUCAAACAAACGAAUUACUUUUUAAUCGACAUUCUUUCAGAAUUAGGGUAUAAAUAUACAUGGAUUAUUGAGUCGAAAAAAGUUGGAACCGCCCCACAUGAAAUUAUUGAAUCAAUUGUAUGUACAAACGGACAGGUCAUUCAAAGAGAUGACAUCGAAAAGUCGGGGAAAAAAAUAAGCGAAUUUUUGGCACAAGCGGUCAAGGAAAAACCUUGCGUCCUUUUCGAAAGGAACGAACCGAGGCUACAGCAACGACUGAAUAUCACACAAAUUUGA